AUGACUAUUCCCGCCGUAUACUCCACAAUAGGGUUUUCUAUUACAACCUUCUUCGUGACAUUGGGAUUGCAAUGGCAUUACACAAGGGUCUCGUACAAGACCAUGCCUUUCCUGUGCCCAGUGUUCAUUGUCAUUGCUGUCUACGCAUCACUGAUGCCAUUCCCACUUCUAGUAGUGGAUAUUGGCGCAGCUAUUGAGUCCAUGAAUGGAGGUGACGCACCGAAGGAGGAGUGGAUGAUUCCUGUGUGGUACACCAUCAUGAUAGUGACGUAUGUCAUGGGUUGGGUGGUAUUGCCAAUUUCGCAAUCAUACACAGAGGUGGGUGGAUUUACAGUGAGGAGGAAACUCGUAAGUUCUAUUAAAGUCAAUGCAAAGUUGUAUGCCAUAUACACAUGUAUAUUUGCGGUGUUGUUCGCCUAUGUAGUUGUUUUAAAGGGUGCCUACACUUCCCUCACCAGUAUCGGUAACUUGGCUACCGCUUUGGCGAAUGCUUGGGGUCUCCUGCUUUUGGUGCUGUUCAUGUCCACAGGAAUUGUGGGAGUACCGAAGGUGCUGUGGCGGAAGUCGAACCCUAUACGGAUGCUGCGGGAGGUUUAUUAUAGUGCUGUCGAGAUUCAGGAGGAUCUUGACAUAGCUGUACUAGACCUAACGGAGGUGAGGACGGAGCUCAUGGCGAUUUCGUCCGCAGUCCCGGAGGAGCAUAGACCAUACUGGACCCGCAUGAUAGAGUUGAUUGAUGAGUCUGAUGGCCGCAGCUCACAAUUUCCCAUGCCAACAUCACGCACAAAUGCUGUAGGCAAAAGGACUGAAAUAGACGUCUCUCUGGAACACCUUGAGCAGCUGCACGAGCGUGUGAAGGGGUCUAUUAAAAUAGCUCAGCGGAUGACAUACAGGUGGGACGCAACUGUCCGCGACGCCAAGUUCUAUGAGAUGCUUGCGCGUGGUUCAAAAGCAACUAACAACGGCUUCAAGAAGGUGUGGUUCCCCAUGCGCGGAAUCAUCCUUAAAUUGUUGGCGCUAUUAUGUGGUGUUAUCACGCUGCUCAUACUUUGGAGUGAAGUGACACUACCCUUUCGCCCGUUGACAGAAAAGAGUAUCUCUGUAGUUGCCAUUAUGGCGAAUAGCGGUUGGGAGCUUCCUGCGUCCGUUAUUUUCCUCUUCUACAUGGCGUACUGCUCGUAUUGGGCCAUUUUCCAACUCAAGGUGUUUGACAUUUAUGUUAUCCUCCCUGAGAUAUCGGACAACUCAUCACUCUGUUUUGGCGCCACGUUUUUAUCGCGCCUUAUCAUGCCUCUUUGUUUCAAUUUCCUACUCAUGGCGGACAUGGCGAAUGGGGCUGUGGAUGUCAUGUACGGCCAUGUGUACCGUGAUAACAUGGAUGCUAGUUACAUAUUAGGUGACUGGCUGAAUCGCUUCCUACCUGCAAUUAUUGUUCUUGUUUCCCUGCUUGUGUUUGUAAAUAUCGCCCAAUGUAUUUUGAAACUUAUUGGGUUGGAGGUGCACAGUCCCAACAACAUAAACUCCGAGGAGGUGCGGCAGCGCAUUGAGGACGGUUAUCGUCUCGUUUCCAAUGCCUUGGGAAGGCCGCUGACGGCGAUUGACGCGAGAGUGUUGGGCCACGCCGCGAGUGAAGUUGAAAGGACGGAGGUUUCGACUCCCAGACAUAACAGAGGACCCCCGGCAGAGCGUGGGGAUCGGUAUAGAGAGUACCUAGCGCAAAGGAUGGCGACUGAGGGAGCGAGGCGGUCGUGA